AUGGGUAGUUACAGAAUGUGUCUGAUCUUUACGAGGAAGUUCAGGGUGACGGAGCCUGGUCCGGUCGAUGACGUCAGAGAAGUUUUCGAGAAAUACGCGGAAGGUGAGGCUCACAUGUCGCCGGAGCAGCUACAGAAGCUCGUGGAAGAGAAAGGAGGAGGUGGAUUGAGCCUGGAGGAGGCGGAGAGGAUCGUUGACGAGGUGCUUCGCCGGAAACACCACAUUGCGAAAUUCACGAGACGUAACCUCACUCUCGAGGAUUUCAACUAUUUCUUGUUUUCCACUGACCUCAAUCCUCCGAUCGGCGAUCAGGUCCAUCAGAAAAUGGAUGCUCCACUGUCACAUUACUUUAUAUUCACAGGCCACAACUCCUACUUAACUGGAAACCAGCUCAGUAGCAACUGCAGUGACCUUCCCAUUGCAGAUGCAUUGAAACGAGGCGUGAGAGUUGUUGAGUUAGACCUCUGGCCACGUGGUAACGAUGAUGUCUGUGUUAAGCAUGGAAGGACAUUGACGAAGGCUGUGAAAUUGGGGAAAUGUUUGGAAUCCAUUAAAGCUAAUGCCUUCACUACUUCAAAGUACCCUGUUAUUAUUACUCUUGAAGACCAUCUCACUCCUAAACUUCAAUCUAAAGUUGCCAAGAUGAUAACUCAGACGUUUGGAGAUAUGUUGUAUUACCAUGACUCUGAGAAUUGCAAAGAGUUUCCUUCACCAGAACAUUUGAAGGAAAAGAUUCUAAUAUCAACAAAACCUCCAAAGGAGUACUUAGAAGCUAACGACGUCAAGGAGAAAGAUAAUGGAGAGAAAGGGAAAGACUCAUCAGAUGAAGAUGUAUGGGGUAAAGAGCCAUCAGAUCUUAUCUCUACGCAGUCUGAGCUCGAGAAGCUUCAGGUCUCUAAUAGUAUAAAUUAUCUGAAUCAAGAUGAUGAAGAGAAGGGUUUAUGUGAGUCUGACACCGCAUGCCAGUUACAAGCACCAGAAUACAAACGCCUUAUUGCCAUCCAUGCCGGGAAGCCAAAGGGCGGCUUGAGGAUGGGUUUAAAGGUUGAUCCAAAUAAAAUCAGGAGACUUAGCCUGAGCGAGCAGUUACUUGAGAGAGCUGUAGCAUCAUAUGGUCAAGAUGUUAUAAGAUUCACUCAGAAGAAUUUUCUGAGGAUAUAUCCCAAAGGAACAAGGUUUAACUCUUCAAACUAUAAACCUCAGAUCGGUUGGAUGAGCGGAGCUCAAAUGAUUGCAUUCAACAUGCAGGGGCAUGGAAGAGCAUUGUGGCUCAUGCAAGGGAUGUUUAGAGCAAAUGGAGGGUGUGGUUACGUCAAGAAACCAGAUUUUCUAAUGAAUGUAGGUCCUAAUGGAAAAGUUUUUGACCCCAACGAAAAUGCCUCUCCAAAGAAAACUUUAAAGGUGAAAGUCUGUAUGGGAGAUGGAUGGCAUCUGGACUUUAACAAAACUCACUUUGAUCACUAUUCUCCUCCAGACUUCUUCGUUAGAGUGGGUAUUGCUGGAGCACCUGUUGAUGAAGUGAUGAAGAAAACAGAAGUCAAGUAUGAUACGUGGACACCCAUUUGGAAUGAGGAGUUCACAUUCAAGCUAACUGUUCCUGAGCUUGCUCUGCUCCGUGUUGAAGUGCAUGAGUAUGACACUAAUGAAAAAGAUGAUUUUGGAGGUCAGACUUGUUUACCAGUGUCUGAGUUAAGGCAAGGCAUACGAGCUGUUCCACUUUACAAUCGCAAGGGAGAGAAAUACAGCUUCACUAGGCUUCUUAUGCGCUUUGAGUUUGUCUAA